GGCGACAUCAUCCAUUGAAUUCCAACCCCACCAUGAUUUGAUAUUUAAUGCAUCAUCCCCAAUUGGCUUCAUCCCACAUCAUCCACCAUGCCCCGAAAGGUCUCUUUUUCCGAAGCUCAAUCUCCCAACCACGAGAAGCCUAUCCGACCACCGUCGAUUUCCAUGGGAUUUCCCACCAGCGCCCCAAAAUGCCCGGCCACGGACUCCCGCCCUCCGGCUCGAUAUACCAACGAUUAUAUCGAGAAACCCGGUGUCCCGCGGGGCAAUGCUGCGGCCUCCAUUGAUCGGCCGGAUGGGGAUGAAGAUUAUGCGAAACGAUAUGGGGACUUUACCCCAUUACAACAACAUAUCCUGUUCUGGGAUCGCGACAGUGACGGCCAAAUCUACCCCUGGGACACAUAUAAAGGGUUCCGAGAUCUAGGAUUUAACGUGCUCUUCUCCCUGCUGGCGGUUCUAAUCAUCAAUCUGAACUUCUCCUACCCGACGCGCUUAGCACACUCCUAUCUGCCGGACCCAUGGUUCCGGGUGUACGUGGAUGGGAUUCAUAAAGCCAAGCACGGAUCCGAUUCCAACACCUAUGACCCUGAGGGGAGAUUCGUUCCACAGUCCUUCGAAAACAUGUUCGCCAAGUAUGAUCAUGACGGUGACGGAGCGCUGUCGUUGCGACAGCUCUUUGAAAUGAUGCAUGGGAAUCGCUGUGCGGCGGAUCCAUUCGGGUGGGGCGCCGCGAUCUUCGAAUGGGGCACCACAUGGCUUCUGAUUCAAAAAGACGGCAAGGUCUGGAAGGAGGAUGUCCGGGGUGUUUUUGAUGGCUCUCUGUUCUGGAAAAUCCGCGAGGCCAGACAAUCUCCUCGAGGAUGGUCGCAGGGGUUAAGUCUGGGAGGGUCCAUUCGCGAGGCGUUUCGAGGCUUUCUGGAUACGUAUUUGGACAAAUGAUUGUCUCCUCAUAGCGACAUGAUAUUAUGUGCAUGAUAUCGUUAGAGAUUUGUCUGGCUAGGCGUCGGAUGUUGAGACUAGACUAGCAACAGCUUAGCGAUAGUCAAUGUUGCUUGUUCCAUCCAUAUCAGAGCGCAGCUGCAGCUCUAAAAUCAACAUUUCCCAAGGUCCUGGUGCUUCAGGACCAUCUUAACAAGCAAUCACUACAUCUCAAAAG